AUGACGACCCACACUCUGGCCCAAUUCAACGCCUCCAAAUCCCUCCCAUCCGCCCCUCUGUCGUCGAUGGACGAGAGCUGCGCCUUUUGUCGCAUCGUCUCGCGCUCCCUGCCCGCCCACGUCGUGUACGAGGACGAGUCGACCCUCGCCUUUCUCGACAUCCUCCCGCUUCGCCGUGGACAUACCCUCGUCAUCCCAAAGGCACACGUUCCCACCCUCUCGCAGCUAAGCCCCCAUCAGGCUGCCACACUUGCACAGUCGCUCGUUUGCGUCUCGGCGGCUGUCGGUAGAGCCAUGGGCGACGACCGCCUACAAGUCAUCACCAACCAGAUCUACGCCCAGAUUGUACCCCACGUCCAUUUCCACAUCGUUCCAGCUCCCCCGCUCCCCUCCUCGUCGUCGGCGCAGGGCAAAGCGACGGCGACGAAAUCGACCAAUCCCAUGUCCCUCAUGGGUCUCGGCCACGGCCGCGAGGAACUCGACGACGACGACGCAGAGCACCUCGUCAAACUCAUACGCCACCACAUCGACCACCCGCCUUCCUCCGACGACGCCAGCGACGGCAAGGCAAAGCUCUAG